AUGUCGCUCGAACUCUUUGACGUACCCGAUGUGGAUUAUCGGUACGAAGCCUCGCGGGAGGUGGAGUUUCAACCCGCCUUGACAGGCAUUCAACCCAUCACCUUCUCCAUUCCAGGCUCCGACGAUUAUUACGAUACCAAUUCCCUCCGCUUCAAAGUCAAAGUGCGCCUGACUGAUCCAGCAGCCAACUAUACAGGAUUGCAUGCUGGUCUACUCAUUUCCAAUGCCAACGAAACCAGACAUGUUUACUGCGUCAACAAUUUCGGUCACACCAUCUUUCGAGAUAUCACCAUGAGCAUGAAUGGUGUCCUCAUGACCGAACAGAGCAACACUUACCAUUACAGAGCCUACCUAGAAACCCUGUUGAAUUACAACCGAGAAGAAGGAACUACCAAGCUAGCCCCCCAAGGAUGGGUCAAUCAGCUUAAUGUGGCAGAAGAAAUAGGAGCGACCGCCGCCAAUUCCGAUGUCCCUGUCGCCGCGGAUUGGAGUGGCAAUGCAGACUUGCGCACCCUAACCAGCAAGUUGCUGAGUGAAAAUUGGCACACCUUCAUCGUUCGUCCCCAUUUGCCACCCCUCAAGACAGGCAAAUUGUUGGUCCCCAAUAUCCAGAUGGAUUUUGAACUGUUCCUCAACCCCAAGACCAUCUACUUGAUGGGCAGCCCUAACAAAGGCACCUUGACCACCAAGAAAAUUCCAGCCAUCCACAAUGAAGACAUCAAAGUCACCUUGUUGAUGAGAAAAGUGACCCUGAAUGCCAGCGUCUAUGUCAGACUGCAGAAAGAAAGACAGCUGAACAAACAGAUUGCCCGCUACCCUGUCGUGCGGAGCGAAAUUCGCACCUUUUCCUUCGAUGGUCGCACUACCCAGUGGGAACAAGACAAUGUGUUUGUGGGACGAUUUCCUGACCGAGUGAUCGUCGGGUUAUUGCAUUCGGAUGCCUUCAAUGGAAACCUAGAAAAAUACCCCUUUGCCUUUGAAAAGUUUGGUGUCACCCAAGUACGACAGACCUUGAAUGGAGAAGAAUACCCUUACAGAACCCUGCAGUUGACUGGAGACCAAGCCUAUGAAGAUUUACUGGGCUACGAUCGAUUUUUACAAGCCAUGGGUGCCUAUAAUGAAGACAAGAUCCCCAUGCUGCUGCCUGGUGAUUGGGGACAAGGCAAGAACUGCACCUUGUUCAUGUUUAACAAUGUACCCAGUGGAAAAGCCGAUGACCCCCAGUAUCGCAACCCUCGCCAAUCUGGCAAUACGCGACUGGUGAUUGAUUUUGCGGCUGCUGUCGGUCACAACGUCACCGUGUUGGUAUGGAGCGAGUAUGAAAACAUGUACGAGAUCAAUCAUCUGGGAGGUAUAAAGUACAACAUCAACGGCUGAAGUCACCUCAGAAGUCAGAAGACACCGGUCAUGGAGUUUGUGGCGCUCAGUGAUACUGUAUUGCGGACCCUGGCCCUGGAAGAUCCCACCUUACGGCGCGUGUUUCAUGGGGUGCACCCCGCCGACCAACUCCCCCGAUCCCCCGCCAAAGAGAUCCGUCAAGCGUACAUUGUCAACACUGAUCCAGCGGGAGAACCGGGUCAGCAUUGGUUGGGGCUGUGGACAGAAAAGAACCAGUGCGAGAUCUUUGACAGUUAUGGUCUACCCCUGCACGUGUACACCAACCCAGAGUUGCACCAAUGGUGGAGUCAAUGGAAGUACCUGACGCGCAGUGACCAGACCCUGCAAGCCCUGGAUAGCCAAACCUGCGGCCAUUAUGCGUUAUUUUUCUUGAAAGCCCGUGCGCAAGGACAGUCGUAUCAAGAAUUUUUGAGUCAAUGGAGUUGCGACAAUUUAGUGUUGAAUGAUCAUAAAGUGGCCGACCAGUUGAAACGGGUGAUUAAACAGGAAUUACAAGAUGAAGUGGAUGCCCGAUGUCCUAACGGGGGGCAAAAGAAUGUGAGCCGCCAGGCCUUUAUCACUUGUAAUCAUUGUGAGUGUUAAAAUAAAAAAACCCAUAAAACGAGGUGUGUAGUCCAAGAGUGGUCAUUGUAGUUCAUCAUGAUUACGCGAAGCGAUGUGCAGCGUGUAGUGGAUGCGUUCAUUCUCGAAGAAACCUUGUAUUGGUGGGAACAUCCAAUCGAGCGGGUCAACACUGUGCAAGGCAUUGACGCGUGGGAUGGGUAUCAUUGGUUAAUGGCUCGACAAUUGGCGCAAGACCAAGAUUGGGUGUCCCUCAAACAGUACAUGGACAGUAUGAGCGAAACGUAUUUAAGAGAGACCAUGGAACAUCUGAUUCAGUGUGAAUCACCACGAUUGUACCGCGACUAUUGGACAACAUGCCCAGACGACGACGACCACGACGACAGCGCACCCGACGACCCUGCUUUCGCCAAAACGGGCGCGGCAUCAUGAGCGUAUUGGCCAAAGCGUAUAAAAUUGGCGACCAAUUGGGACGGGACAAACGGUAUAAACGCAUGGGUGCUAAAGGGGCCACAGGUCAUUAUCGACGUCACCCUCGACCGUGGGAAUCAUGAUCCGUCAACCCAGUAGUGUGAUCAUCGCGGGCCCCUCAGGCAGUGGCAAGAGUGAAUUGGUGGAACAAUGGUUACGGUACCUCAAUGUCUUUCAAGUCAAACCCCGCAAGAUUGUGUAUGCCUAUGAUCGUUGGCAACCCCGGUUCGAACGUAUGCAAAAAAAAGAUGGGAUUCAAUUUCAUCGCGGGUUACCGGACCCCCGUCAUUUGACGCAAUGGUUUGGUCGGACGCGCGGAGGGGUCCUGGUCUUGGACGACCUGAUGGAAGAAGGGGGACAAGACAAGCGCGUGUUGGAUUUGUUCACCAAAGAUUCGCAUCAUCGCAACAUCACGGUGCUGUAUUUGACACAAGAUUUAUUCCCGCCUGGCAAAUUUUCCAAGACCAUCAAUCGCAACGCGCAUUACAUUGUGGCGUUCAAAAACCCCCGGGAUCAAACAGGCAUCCGAACCAUUUUAUUGCAAGCGUUUCCGGAACGGUGGCGUCAAGUCUUGCGCCUAUUUAAACGCAUCACGGCCCGUCCCUUUGGCUAUUUGAUGUUAGAUGUGCAUCCUGCGUCGGAUGAUCGCUACCGCUUGUGGAGUCAUUUAACGCCCCGAGAAGGCAAGGCACAAGUCCACACCUUGCGUGCGGAUGUCCCUGCCGUUCGAAAACGAACUGCAACGAGAACUCGCCAGGAUUCGUCGGCAAAGAGAAGGCGGACAACAUACUGAGUUAGCCGCCCGCAUGGACACGCCCACCCUCUCACCCGCGGGUGUGGGCUCCCCCACGGCACCGCCCCCUCCACCCCAGGAUCUCAGUAGUAUGACGGACAUGGUGACCGAAUUGUCUCGACCCGUGGAUCGUGCUCAAUUGGAUCAAGACAUUGACGCUUUUAAUUUGACCUACCCGGUCAAUGUGGACGAUGCCUUGAAUGCGUUCACGUUACCGCCCGUGGCGGGCACCGGCACAGCACCGCCCGCCACCACGGCCACCCAAACCCGCCCUACCACGUCCACCCGAACACGCCCCACCACCAGUCGACCACGACCCGUCACCUCCACCCGAACACGCCCCGCUACCACCGCCACGACCACCACGGCUCCCUCACGUCCCUCCACCUCUCGCCGCAGCGCUGGGGCAGGCACCAGGACCACCACCUCCACAGUGACGACCCCCACUGGACGCCCUACGGUGGCCGCCAAACAACCGCGACGACGUCCCCCCGCCCCACCGUCUCCCGAUUCGUCCCCUCCGUCCGAUGACGAGGAUGAAGAUGAUGACGAUGAUCGAGGGCGAGGAUUAAGGCGACGGUUGGAUUUGCUCAAUGAAGAUGCUCAAGAACGGGCUCGUGGCCGACGGAUUCGCAACAUCACGCAUACUAAUACAGUGACCACCGUCUACGAAGAGGGUGGACGUCCUUCGGUGCGCCGCACGUCCACCCGCACGUCC